UAAAGGCAAAGACGGAGCGAGCGCGCCCUCCAGAGGCCAGCCCCUGCAGCUGCAGUGAUGGACAGCCAAAAUAACACACAUAAUCAUGGCGGAGAAUGAAACCAUGGAGUGCAUAACGGAGCACGAGCGGAUUCUACAGGAAAUUGAGAGCACGGAUACGGCUUGCGUUGGCCCCACGCUUCGAUCAAUCUACGAUGACCAGCCAAAUGCCCACAUGCGCUUCAUGGAAAAGCUGGACGCCAGGAUAAGGAAUCAUGACCGUGAGAUUGAGAAGAUGUGCAAUUUCCACCACCAAGGUUUUGUGGAUGCCAUCACAGAGCUUCUCAAAGUUCGCACUGACGCAGAGAAACUUAUGGGCCAAGUGACGGAUACUAAUCGAAGACUACAAGAAGCUGGGAGGGAGGUGACAGCUCAAACUGGGGAGGUGAUUCGCUGUCGCAGCCAGCAGAGGAACAUGGCCACAACUGUGGAGAAACUCCAGCUCUGCAUACCAGUCCUCCAAAUGUACAGCAAACUAAAGGAGCAACUGGAGUCCAAAAGAUACUACGCUGCACUUAAAACCAUGGAACAACUGGAGAAGAUCUACAUCCCUCGCGUAAGCCAAUAUAGAUUCUGUCAGAUCAUGGCUGAAAACUUGCCCAGACUGCGGGAGGAGAUAAAGGAGAUCUCCAUGUCUGACCUAAAAGAUUUCCUGGAGAGCAUAAGGAAACACUCAGACAAAGUUGGAGAGACUGCCAUGAGACAGGCCCAACAACACAGAACCUUUAACAGUGCAGUAGCAAAGCAGGCCAGUGUGGGCCACUACACUAAGCCAUUGUACUCACUCAGUUGGCAAACACACGCGCGCAACAUCCUCAUGACGGAUGAUGACGACGAUGCUGAUGAGGAGAUUCUUACAGCUCAGGAUCUUGUGGACUUCUCACCUGUUUACAGGUGUUUGCACAUUUAUGCUGUACUGGGAGACCGAGAAACUUUUGAGAAUUACUACAGGAAACAGAGGAAAAAGCAGGCCAGGCUAGUCCUGCAGCCACAGGCUAACAUGCAUGAAACAGUGGAGGGUUACAGAAGAUACUUCAAUCAGAUUGUAGGAUUCUUUGUUGUCGAGGACCACAUCCUCCAUGCCACUCAAGGACUCGUGACCAGAGCUUUCACUGAUGAACUGUGGAAUAUGGCCCUGUCCAAGAUCAUCGCUGUGCUCCGCACACACUCUUCAUACUGUGAGGAUCCGGACCUGGUCCUGGAGCUGAAGAACCUUAUUGUCAUCUUUGCAGACACACUACAGGGUUUUGGUUUCUCUGUGAAUCGACUGUUUGACCUGUUGUUUGAGGUACGGGACCAGUACAAUGAAACUCUAUUGAAGAAGUGGGCGCUGGUAUUCAGGGAGAUCUUCGAAUUGGACAACUACAGUCCCAUACCAGUGGAAACGGAGGACGAGUAUAAACUGGUCGUCAGUCGCUUCCCGUUUCACGAUGCAGAGAUAGAGAAGCAGGACUUUCCUAAGAAGCUGCCGAUGUCCCAGUCUGUGCCACAGAUAUAUAUGCAAGUAAAAGAGUUCAUUUAUGCCAGCCUCAAGUUCUCCGAGUCACUUCACCGCAGUUCAACGGAGAUUGAUGAUAUGUUGCGGAAAUCAACUAACCUGCUGCUGACAAGAACACUCAGCAGUUGUCUGCAAAACCUCAUCAAGAAGCCACAUAUAGGGCUGACUGAGUUGGUGCAGAUCAUCAUCAACACCACCCACCUAGAGCAGGCCUGCAGGUAUCUUGAGGAGUUUAUAACAAACAUCACCAACGUGUCCCCCGAAACCGUGCACACUACAAGACUCUAUGGCUUGUCUACUUUCAAGGAUGCCCGUCAUGCUGCGGAAGGAGAAAUCUACACCAAAUUGAACCAGAAAAUUGACGAGUUCAUCCAGCUGGCAGACUACGAGUGGAGCAUGGCUGAGUCUGACGGUCGGGCCUCAGGUUAUCUCAUGGACCUGAUAAAUUUCCUCCGAUCCACAUUCCAAGUCUUCACACACCUCCCGAAUAACAACAAUGACCAUGCGUCGAUGUCGGGUAAAGUGGCCCAGACAGCUUGUAUGUCAGCCUGCAAGCAUCUGUCCACAUCAUUGAUGCAGAUGUUGCUGGACACAGAACUGAAACAGAUCAGCAUGGGUGCCAUUCAGCAGUUCAACUUAGAUGUCAUUCAGUGUGAACUGUUUGCCAGCUCAGAGCCUGUCCCAGGUUUCCAAGGAGACACACUGCAGCUGGCUUUUAUCGACUUAAGACAGCUCCUGGACCUGUUCAUGGUGUGGGACUGGUCGACCUACCUCGCAGACUACGGUCAGCCGACCUCCAAGUACCUUCGAGUAAACCCGGCCACAGCCCUGACUUUACUUGAGAAGAUGAAGGACACCAGUAAGAAGAACAAUAUCUUUUCUCAGUUCAGGAAGAACGACAGAGACAAACAGAAGCUGAUAGAGACUGUGGUCAAACAGCUAAGGAGCCUGGUCAAUGGCAUGUCCUCCUAAGGUCAUAUAUGUCACUCACUCAAUCAUAGUUUGGGGUGUUCCAUGGUGAAAACCGUCAGAGGUACAUAAAGCGCAAAACCUCUGCGACACUUUUACACCUAUUGCCAACAGCGAGCUCAAUCUGUCAGAAUGAGCGAACGUGCAAUUUAGCGCCCGCUAUUUGGGUGCCAAGUAAGGCCCAUAGAGUGAUUAGAGGCGGCUACUGUACACACGGAGGAGCCAGUGAACAGACUCCUGAUACGCUAUACAAAAAAAAAACUCGAGUAUUUGGUUUACUAUAACAACAAUAAUAAUACAAACUAGUUUUUGUUUGUUUGUUUCCUCAAGGGUGCAAUGAUUAUAACUGCAAAACCAGUACUGUGACAAUGACAUCAAUGAGAGGCAAAGAACCACAAACGAAUGGGAGGUGUUCCGAUGUGCAUUUGUAAUUCGAACUUCGGAAUCCAUAUUUCAAGCUUUCUUUUGAAGACGAAGUUGUUGUGUUUUCUUUUGAGCCCAUUUUAUCACAAAAUAUAAGAUGUCGACUAAUAUACAGGCAUUCAAUGCAGAUUAGUUUUUUUCCUUCGGACACCUGCAGAAGGUGAGGAAAAGAACGUUCAGUCUUUCAUGUCCAUAAUGUACAAACAAAUGGGCGAUGACGUCUUUAAGAGACUGAUGUUCAUAAAAAAAAGAUCCUAUCCUAACGAAAGAACUAUCCUUUUCUUAACUUUUAACUAUUACUUUGUCUGCUUAUUUUUUUAAGUUCAGCACAAAAUUUUAGUAUUUUGUGUUUGAUCGUAAAAUGGGUCUUUACCAACAAGUAAACCUCCUCCGGUGAGCCUGUUUAAAUGAAUGGCUGAUGCAUUAAAGGGAAUGUCUUAAUGUAUUUUAUUUUUUUUUUACUCUGAGCAUCACGUUUGCUUUUUAACAACUGCAUAUUUAUCGAUUUUUCUUUAAAGGGCACAUAUUAUGCCAAACCAACUAUUUCUAGUAUUCGGGAUGUAUUAUUGGCUCUGUGGUGCCUCAGCAAAUAGGGGAAAUAUGAAUUAUAAUCCUCCACGCAUUCCUGAGUUCCAGACGUUUUUCUGCCGAGAAGCCUGAAAUCAGGUCAAUGGAAUUUCUCAAGCUUAUGUACGUCACUAGCGAAGAUCCGCCCCCGAGCCAGCCCUGUCAACGUAAAAAAUGUGUGGGUCUUCUACACGGAGGUAACCAAUCAGAGGAAAGUAUAUAUGGACAAAGCGGAUACAAAACUGGGUCAAACAGAAGUAGAUGUCAGGGGGGCCUUUUCGGGACACUCAUGACAAAACCAAUGUGUUUUUUGGAAAUUAAAUUGACACUUUUAUACUAAAUCCAUGUUAGAGAAUCACUCUUUGGAGCUCUAUGUAAAUAUCCAAAAUACGGGACCUUUAAAAAAAGAAAAGUCGCCUGGAUUCCAAAGAACUCAAGGUUGCGGCCACAUAUAAUCAUUCAGGAGCAAUGCUGUCAAAAUAAUCACAGGCUUGAAUAAACUGUUUAUACAAUGUACUACAUUUGCAAUCUGAUGACAAAAAUAUAAGAUGACAUUCCUUCUUGAUUAAGUAAGUCUUCAAUUGCCAUUUGUAGUAACUGUAGCACUGCUGACCGAAAGUAGCGCCAACACACUUUGAAUGGAUGCCAAUAUUAGGUACUACCAUCAUUUAUUCUUCUGAAUGAAAUGUGUUGUCUCUGCAUCCCAAUACUGUAAUCUGGUGAUGUAUGAAAAAGUCUUUGUGGGUAUCAAACGAUGCUUUAUUUGAUGGAUUCUCAUUUUGCACACCUCACAAAGUAUUUGCCAAAGCAUGAUGAGAAAUAUGGUAGACGCAGUCCACAUCUGGCACGGACCGUGCGCCCUGAAGUCAACGGGCAGCAAUACGACAUGAUUCCAAAUUGUUAGACCAUCGUUCCACACGCUGAUUUCGGAUCCUGUUUGGAGAUGGCAGCGAUGCGGUUCCAUUGGCAAGUUCAAUUAUUGUGUGUGUGUGUGUGUGUGCGUGUGUGCGUGUUGCCCUUUACCUUUGUAAAUGACACACAAAAAAAAAUGUUAUGAUAAUGUAUACUUGUAUAUUUAACAUUUCAAGAGCUUUUAAAUUUGACAUUUUGAAUUCUCUAGUUUUUGUUCCUCAGGGUGAAAUGAGGCUUUUGAAUGCGUAAUAUUCAUAAAGCACAGCAAUAAUGACUUGGCUUCUUUUCAGCCUUGCUGGCAGGUUUUAACGUUGAAUCCUGCCUGCUGACGAUGACCAUUUUUUUGUAAUGUAUCUGUCGUUAUUCUGUGCUCUCAGCGGACACGUUUUUAGAAUUACGUUUUACAUUUGAUCGCCGUGCCCUGGGUCGUCCCCGGGGGUCUCCUCCCGGUGGGACGUGCCCGGGAACACCUCACCUUCUUUCUUUAUUUUUUUGGUUUGUUUUGUGGAAUAGUGGACAACAAAAUGAGCAAAGUUAUGUAAUUGCUCUCAACUCAAUUGCAUGGUUUAACUGAAAAUGCUAUGUUGGGACAUACAUUUUCAAAAAUAUGUUUAUGGACAAAUGUUUACGUGCAAUUCCGAAUUCCGUUUGUCAUUCUACUCUGUAAGACACCCUCAAAAAGUUUUUUUUUUUUUAAUUUGGUGUGUUGUAAUAAAUAUUAAUUCAUCAGUAAAUGAUCAUUGUUGUUAAAUACAAAGCAAGUGUGUCAAUGAUGAGAUUUGGAGGUUCAGUGAAAUAAAACUGAAAUUUACAGGAAAAAAACCUAUCGCGGUUGGUGUGUCAGCGUCAUCGUUGCAUCAAGUUGAAAAGAUUUCAGCGAUGGAAUAUCAGCAACUGUGUGUCAUUUCCGUGAGACUCUUGUCUUGAUUUUUGACCACCUCUGCCUGUGCUAAUGGGACUUCUGACUCGACUCUCUGGCAGCAAGAGGACCUUAGAGAUUCCUCAGACGGGCUCUUGUGGCGACUAGAAUUCUUUGGAGGUUCUUUAGCCUUGGCCUGUAGUUGGGUAGAGGACCCUUUGAGGUUCUUUUGCCUUGUCCCUGUGGUGGCCCCAACCAGCGCCCCGAAACAGGGCCAGGAGGCGGGCCCGACCGAGCCGGGAGGCGGCUGACACCCUGCUACGUUUCUCCUCCUCCUUCCUGGUCUGCGCGCAGUCAAUGAUUACCGCCUGAGAUGCAAAUUUGAUUGACUGAUUACAUGGACGCGUCUACCUCAAAGUACUAACUACCAAAUAAGCCAUACAUGUUAAUUUGGCCAGUAGACACGGUGUACUAUAGUAUAUUGCCACCCGCACACACCACCCGCGAUGGAAGACUUGGGAUAAUGGUUCCGCCUUUUUCGGUCUAAACGCUGGGAAACGCGGUGUCACUCGUUUUGAAAGUUGCUGCUAAUAUUUUCUGUCAUCGUGUUUUAUGUUUGAGCCUGCCAUAUCCUAGCACACACACACACACACACACUAACUGGGAAACAGCAAGUGAACUUUAACCCGGGUCAAUGUCUGAAUGUGAGGAUCCCUGUCGCCGCAGAUGUAAUGAGGCGAGAAACAUUUGGAGUGCCCCAUUAUCAGUGCCCAGCAGCUACCCUUGCCAACACUCGUACACAAAGAAACAUGUUUGUUUACCAUGCUCCUCGCAUGCCAGUUGGACUCUGUUUUACGAAUAGUAUAUUCCAGCCCGUCUCAGGUCAGGGUCUGUACUGAGAGAGAAUUUAGUCCAGAUCUGCCUCGAGCAAACCACAGCAGAACAACACGGUAGUUAGACGGUCUCGAUAUUUGACCAGAAGUCAUGUCGUAACAGUCAAAUUGUGUUCUUAUUUGUGGAUGGAGCAUGCAACAACUAACCGUUAGAACAAGACGAGAUGUGCGAAAUGAGCAAGCCAGCGCUACUGAUGGCUGGUGCGGUGGGAUGCGUUUUAUAGUGUCUGAACACCAGUAAGAACCUGUGACUUGAUAUCUUAAUAUGAGCUGGGUUAUUAUUAGUGAUCCCAACACAAACAAUUUAAGCCUGCACUUCAAGAGCGUCGCAGGUUCCCCGCUGGACCCCCUGCAGUUGGCCUACCGAGCAAACAGGUCUGUGGAGGACGCAGUCAACAUGGGACUGCACUUCAUCCUAGAACACCAUGCCGGUGUGGGGACCGACGCGAGGAUCCUGUGCGUGGACUUCAGCUCAGCAUGGUCAGCAACAAGUGGAUAUGGAGAACAUUUUUUCGCACGUGUUCUGAAAAUCCACCGCGUAAGACAAAGACCGGAAGUGCAACCAGGAGGGAAGAAAAAGCUUCUCCGGCUGUGUCUUCUCUCCGCUGCUCUUCUCUCUCUACACAAACAACUGCACCUCAACGCACCCGGCUGUCAAACUCCUGUAGUUUGCAGACGACACCACAGUCAUCUGCCUCAUCCAAGACUGUGACGAGUCGGCAGGAAGCGGAGCGGCUGGAGCUGUUGGUGCGGCCGACAGAACCUGGAGCUGAACACGCUCCAGACUGUAGAUGAUUGUGGACUUCAGGAGGCAUCCUUCGCCGCAGCUGCCCCUCACGCUGUCCAACUGCCCUGUGUCAACCGUCGAGACCUUCAAGUUCCUGGGAAUUACAGUCUCUCAGGACCUGAAGUGGGCGACCAACAUCAACUCCAUUCUCAAAAAGGCCCAGCAGAGGAUGUACUUCCUGCGGCUUCUGAGGAAGCAUGACCUGCCACUGGAGCUGAUGAGGCAGUUUUACACAGCGGUCAUUAAAUCGGUCCUGUGUUCAUCCAUCACAGUUCGAUUUGGCGCUGCCACAAAAAAGGAGAAAACUGCUGAAAAGAUUGUCGGCACCCCCCUACCCAGCCUUGAAGAUUUGCAUGCUGCCAGAACUCAGACAAGACCACGUAAAAUCCUCUUGGACCCUCCACAUCCUGGUCAGCACCUCUUCCAGCGCCGUCCCUCAGGUAGGCGCUAUUGAACAAUGCAAACUAGAACUAGCAGACACUCCAACAGCUUCUUCCCUCUUGCCAUCAACUUGUUAAACGGUGAACUUAACUACAAUUCCAUUCUAACAUGCUGCCAAUUUGUCUUGAGAUUGUAGUCACAUCUCUGUCGGGUCAAUUAUACAUUACUCGUGCACUCACUGUAGUAGUCUCGCCAGUCUGCACUACUUGCAUAUCUGUUGUUAACCAAUACUGGCCUCUCAUGUGUCUGAGAAGUAUCUGCACCAUUUGAACAAUUGACAUUGUUCCAGAUUAUCGCACUACGAGUCACUUUGAGCUGCGUGAAUUUCUUGAAGUCUCUGCACCCUUUGCACAAUGGUCACUCCACCAGACUAUUUUUCUAUUAGUCAUUUCGAACUGCUCUAAAUUGCCAGAGGACUCGGCAUCAUUUGCAUGAUGUGAAAAAAUGUAUCGGCAUUCCCAUUACUGGAAACCUUUUAUCGCUCAGUGACUGUGUUUUUCUGUUUUUCUGUCUCAAAAGUAUUCACCAUGUCUGUGGUCAUACUAGAGCGGCUCCAACUACUGGAGGCAAAUUCCUUGUGUUUUUGACAUACUUGGCAAAUAAAGUUGAUUCUGAUUCUGGUGUCUAUGGAA